ACUCCGUGCCAGAGGAGCAGGGCGGAGCUGACGAAUGAAACUUUUUUUUCCCCUUCCUUUAAAGCCAGAUUGAUUCAUAGAAACUCCUUUAAAACAGAGGGAAAGACAACGCCCCAGCCCACAUUCCCGUCCAACACGGUCAGGAGCUCCGUCCCUCUCCGGUUCCAUCCCUCGACAAGCGAAGACCAGGCGUGAAAGGUGGUAGCUUGGUGUCUUCUCAUUUCUUUAAGUUUCCCGCUCGGUUGGUGUCUGCUGGUGGAAGGACCUGAGUCCGUGACCUUGCAACCGUCAAGAUGUUGGUGCUCCUGGCUGGGAUCUUCGUCAUCCACAUCGCCACUGUGGUCAUGCUGUUCGUCUCUACCAUAGCCAAUGUCUGGAUGGUGACAGAUGUCAAGAACAGCUCCGUGGGACUCUGGAAGUACUGUGAGAAUGGAGUAUGCACCCAGCUAAACGUUUCAGACACAAGUUCCCUCAAGACCGUUCAAGCCUUCAUGAUCCUGGCCAUCAUCUUCUCCUCUUUGGCCCUCUUCAUCUUCAUAUUCCAGCUCUUCACGUUGGAGAAAGGCAAUCGUUUCUUCAUCUCUGGAGCAGUCAUGCUGCUUUGCUGGAUCUUCAUUCUGAUUGCUGUCUCCGUCUACACCAAUCGCCUUACUGAUUAUUUCAAGCCUGAAAAGAGUCACCAUGGCUACUCCUUCAUCCUCGCCUGGAUCUGCUUCUGCUUCGCUUUCCUCACUGGUGUCGUCUACCUGGUCUUGAGAAAGAAAUAACGCUCCCUGGACUGAGG